AUGGAUCCGCUCACCGCAGCAGGCCUAGCAAGCAGUAUCAUCUCCUUCGUCGAUUUCACAACCCAGGUGAUUUCCCGAUGCGAGAAACUCUAUCGGUCUGCUUCAGGGGCUACGACCGAGAACUUAGAGCUAGAAGAUCUCGCCACGAAUAUUCGUCGACUGGCUGAGGAAACUCGAUCCACGAAGGAAGAUGAAAUACUCGAGAGCCUCAGUUCACAGUGCAUCGGUGUAUCUGAUGAGCUAAUUGCGCUCCUCAACUCGGUGAAGGUCAAGAGCGACCGGCGUGGAUGGGCUAGCAUCCACCAAGCGCUUAAAUCGGUAUGGAAGCAGAGCGAUAUCGAUGAUCUCCAGCAAAGAUUGAACCGAAUUCAAGCCCAGCUUUACAAUCGUUUGGUCACCCACCAGCAGCGAGAGAUCAGCUAUAAGUUAGAACGUCUUAUCGAAGAGAAUGAGCGCCUGGAUGUGAAUCGGACCAAGGAGCUAGAAACGCUGAGAAGUCAGAUCACAUCCGCCCUACACGAGAUCAUCAGUGAUGUCCAGCAGGAAGGCCAGAAGACGCGAGCCUGGUCGGCGUUGUACGCUGGCUCGCAGAAAGAGAAAGUGUACUCAACUGAGCAGCUCCUGCUGAACAGCCUUAUCUUCCGGCUGAUAGACUAUCGGUAUCAAGCUAUUCCGAAAGAACAUGCAAGAACGUUUGCUUGGGUCUUUAAGCAUGACACUGAGUCGUUUAGAGCACCCCCACCCGUGAACUUGGUGGAUUGGCUUCAACAUGAUAACGGGCUAUAUUGGAUCUCGGGGAAGCCAGGCUCUGGGAAAUCAACCCUCAUGAAAUUCCUAGCAGGGCAUGAACAAACUCAACAACACCUGAAGACGUGGUCUGGGGACAAUAAACUUGUGGUGGCAAGUUUCUACUUCUGGAGCGCUGCCAAAGACUCCCUGCAAAAGUCGCAGACCGGCCUACUCAGAUCCAUUCUCUACCAAAUUCUAUGCCAAUGUCCAGAACUUAUACGGGUCGCUUUUCCCGCCCAAUGGAGCCAGUCAAUUUCCAGCGUUACGGGCUUAGCCGAGACACGCUUCAGCAUCGGAGAGCUGCUCGAAGCAUUUGAGAAGGUCACCACAGCACUGGCAACCUACAAAAUCCGAUUCUGCUUCUUCGUAGACGGGUUAGACGAGUAUGAGGGCCGACCGGCGGAUAUUAUUCAGCUGGUCGAAUAUCUGCGGUCCUCACCCAAUAUUAAAGCCUGUGUUUCCAGUCGUCCUUGGAACGAAUUCGAAUACAGUUUUGGUAAAGGCAACCAGUGGAAAUUGUACAUUCAUGACCUAACCAGUGACGAUAUUCGAAUAUACGUUGAAGAUAGACUUGGGAAACAUGAGCGCUUCCGAGAGCUCCAAGUAUCUGACGAUAACUCUCCCAAUUUUGUGAAAUCAAUUGUCAGAACAGCACAGGGUGUCUUCCUCUGGGUAUUUCUGGUGGUGAACUCGCUUCUGGACGGCCUCACCAACGCUGACACAAUCUCCCAUCUACAAGAACGACUACUCGAAUUUCCCCAGAGUCUGGAUGAGUACUUCCAGAAAGCCCUUCUGACCGUCGAGGAACGGUACCGCCCGCAAAUGGCUCGAGCCCUUAUUGUUACCCUGGAAGCCUACGAAACUCUCCCUCUAAUCUGCUACUGGUUUCUGGACCACGAAGACCCUGACUAUGCGCUUAAAUUGGAAGUCAAAAUGCUGGAUAUGGAGAUGAUAAGCACACAGAUGAAGAUCACGCAGACUCGAUUGAAUGCGUACUGCAAAGGGCUCCUCGAGGUACAUUAUCCUACUGACAACAAGACUAUCGACUUAGAAUCGCCUACGUCAUUCUUCAACUUCCAUGUAGAUUUCCUACACAGGACCGUGCGAGACUUCCUCUGGACGCCAGAAAUGCAAGCUUUUCUCCAUACAUGGCUGUCACGGGAUAUCAACAUCGACCUCGACAUCUGCAAAUACAUUUUAGCCAUGUUCAAAAUCUCAGCGCCCUUUUCAUUGCAACUGGAUCACUCACACUCUUUUAAGCGGUUCACUAAAAGCUUCUUUCAUCACAUAGCAAAAUUAGACGAUACAGCCUGCGAAUGUUCCCAAUUCGCUCUCCUAGACGAAAUGGCAACGAUUGUCCAACUCUAUAUUGAGAUCCGAGCGAGUCAUUCGAGUCAUUACAACGUGACCCUUGCCCUUCUUCGUGAUCUAGGUUUAGGGCCAUUUUCAGAUUAUCAGCAGUGGAACGGGGAGUUAGCAAUACUCAACCUAUCGGUCAAAGCAGGUCUUACUCGCUAUACUGAGCAUAUACUAAGAAAAACCCCAUAUAAACUCACGGAGAUUUCUAUAAAACUCCUGCUUGACGCACUAUCUGUCGAAAAUCCUAAUGUGACUGAGAUCUUAAGUGUUCCAAAUUUGGCGAUACUCCAGAUACUUCUACGAAGUGGCGCUGACCCUAAUUGGCCACCAAUCACCGGCCCCUGGGUAACCUAUUUGGAAUAUUUGAUAAUGUGGCAAGGAAGAAAAGGAAAGACUUCCAAAAGCCACUACCCAGCUGUCCGGAUGCUUUUAGAAUAUGGGGCCGAUCCCGAUGCCCGGUGUGCGGAUGAGAUGACGGCGGCCAUGGUGCUGCAGGAACUAUUCUCUCCGGCUCAAUAUGCCUGCCUGCAAAGAGUGAUUGAGGAUAGACAGAGAAACGGGAAAUUUCGUAAAGGGAAUCAGAAAGGUAGUAGGAAGCAGCAUGCGAAGCCUAAGGAGACGGGGAAACUCCACGUGGUUCGAUCAUUUCUUCGGGAAUUGAGCCCUUUCCGUUCUCGACGAAAAGUCUUCAGUUGA